AUGGAUGCAUCUUGUCAGUGCGGCGCCGUGGCCUUCAAGACCCCGCUGCCGGAGCCCCUGGCGCUCUACAUCUGCCACUGUACCUCGUGUCAGCGCCAAACGAGCACCAAGAAUGUGGUCUCGAUAAAAGGCGGCUGUAUCAGCGGCCUCGACUGGAAAAAGGCGGUCCACAUAUGGACUCGAUCGGCCAUGGUACCAAUCCCCGAGGCAAGUCUGAUUCUCAAUUUCCAUGGGAGCGAGUCUCACUCGGAGUGGUCCUCCAGCGAGACCCAGGAAUCGCUGAGCCAGCCCGACACCCCGUCCCGGUCGCUUCAGGGCAACGGCUGGGAGCUGGAUGAAGAGGCCGAACAAGCCGAGCGAGCCCGUCAGCUGCGCGACGCCUCGAGUGCGGAUGCGACACCGGAUAGUGCGUUGCACGAGAUGGUGCACGUCUAG